AUGGUCCACCAAGCUUGUGCUGCCUCACCUAGCUUAGGCAAACACUUUAAAAAAUAUGCAUUCGGAGACUUUGGCUACUGUCCUCAUAUGUACUGUGAGAACCAGCCGAUGCUUCCCAUCGGUGUUUCGGACGCCCUAGGCGAGGCCAUGGUGAAACUCUACUGCCCCAAGUGCAUGGACGUGUACACACCCAAAUCAUCGAGGCACCAUCACACAGACGGCGCCUACUUCGGCACUGGUUUCCCUCACAUGCUCUUCAUGGUGCAUCUGGAGUACUGGUGCAAACGACCUGCCAACCAGUGUGUACCCAGGCUCUACGGUUUCAAGAUUCAUCCAAUGGCUUACCAGCUGCAGUUCCAAGCCGCCAGCAACUUCAAGAGCCCAGUCAAGACGAUUCGCGGAUUCCCCACCCACCUUCCUCUCUGUCUUCGACACCACCGGCGGGGGAGGAAGGAGGACUACCACAAGUCUGCGGCCACACUGGGUUACACAUUCCUCAAGGAAUGCUUCGGCUUCUACUUCUGCAUUCCUGUGGUCUAUUUCCUGUACAGCAGGUCUUAA